AUGCCGUCGCUGCAGGAUAUCAACGAUAAACAGAACGGCUUCAUGUGCCAGGGAGACCUACACCGACUACUGGACAAGAAACAGCUCGCUGUGCUUUAUACACCAAAUCCCAUACUCGACUGCGACGAUGUUCCUUCAAGGGCUGAUGUUCCCAAGCCACGGGGCCGCGAAUAUCCCUCGUUCUGUUGUUACACCCUGCAAAAUCUGAACAUUCUCAAUGAGCCAGAUGUUUGUUUCUGGCAGGAUCGACUUCACAACAUUGUGUCAAAAAGCUUGGACGGAUGGUUUCGGGAGCUGGAUCGGCAUAAGUUGCCGCAUCCCGGUCUGCUCCAUUAUGUCUACGGCCUUUCUGUCCUUGAGGCAUUUGGUUCUGCCUCAGCAUGGCAAAAUGCGAAUGCCCCAUGGUUCCGACCCAAGGGACAAUCUCAGGCAUUCAGGCAGUCUCAUAUAUCACAAACCAUGACUGAUCACGAAACUACUCAUGACAAGCGUUUUGCACAGGCCUCGCCCAUGCAGGGCAGUCACCCGCCUGCACCCAAGGCCGAUGAACAAGGAUUUGUAAGGAUCACAGCUGAGGAAGCCGAGGACUUUGUGUUCCGACUUUCAAUGAUACGACUCGCCCAGCAAGAGGAGGCUGAGCGCCAGGAGCGCAAUGAUAUUGCUCAGUGGGCCAGAGAUUUGGCAGCAAGCACGCCGUGA